AAAACUUCGCAGGUAAGCUACGUCCUGUCCUGUCCGGGUCGGCCCUACCCAAGCAAAUGAUCGACGCUACAGUUGCCUUGCUUUUCCUCGUUCAAGAAGGCGGUCGUAGAUCGAUGACGCAACGAUAUCCAGUUCAGCUAGCGCACUGAUGACGUUGAGCAUGCCAGCUGGGAGAUCGCAAUCCAGGCAGCUUUCACCGGUCAGCACUCUACGAAUCAUUUGAAACCGGGGUUUUUUUUAUUCAAGGAUAAGCUUUGGAUGGCUCCUUCUACAAGGUUAAUUACAGGAAUCAUUGGUGCCAUUACUUCCAGCCGAACCGGCCAGCCCCUUGCUGAAUUAUUUGGCUUCCAGUGCUUCGAUUGCUGAAUGCUUUGGCUUCCAGUGCUUCGAUCACUGGAGCAGUUCUGCGUCAAUGCUCAUGGCUUAUACGGAAAUAACGGAAGAAACCUAUAUUGCUGUGAAUGAUACGACACAACCACAGGACCAAUACCAACAAUGUCGCGAUCAGGGUUUGCCGUGCGCCACUGACAAAAAGGAGGCGUCUCUGUAAUCAUCCCUGGGCUUGGCAGGAAGGCGCCGCGCAACCUCACGCUGACUUCCCAGCACCGCCCUCCCUGCGCCAAAGCAGCGACAGCUCGUCGCCGUGCUGCGCCACGUACUGGGAACUCGAUGCCGAGUUUUCCCUUUCCCCACGGCCACACUGACGAAUCUUCAGGGAAGCGCUCUACCAGUGCAGUCUUUCAAACUCCUAACCAAUGAUCGCCGGAUGACAAACCAAGUAACAACCCAUUUUGAUCACCACGUAUACAUCACACUAGAAUGUGAAUUUGAGAACCGAAAGCAAGUGAUUCUCUCUAAAAAAGAACGACCGAACAGAAUACUCAGAGAGCACUGGCCUUGUCUGGGACAUGUCGUUGCCCGGGAACAAAAAACCGGUCCAAAGGUUUGAACAAUGGAGCAGUAGCGUUGCUCUUUUCCAACUUAUAAAUACCCUCCUCCCGUGUCGCUACCACACUCGCCAAGCUCACACUGGCAACUGUUUGGAGGAGGAGCUGAGCCUAGCAGGUAAGGAUAUGGAGAGCAUGGACGCGUGCGGCGGCGGCAAGAAGCGCGCGCUGACCUCGGAGCUAGCGCAGGUGCUCGCCAUGGUGCGGGAGCUGGAGGCGCGCAUGGACCAGGACCUGCCGGUGGCCGCGAGGGAGCUCUGCGGGGCGCUGGCGUCGUCCAUCGACAGGUCCAUCCGCAUCGCCAGGUCAUGCUGGCCGGAGCCGGAGUCGCCGGAGUCGGGUGACUGGAGCGCCCAGAACCGGGCCGGCGGCGGCAAUGCCCGCAAGGACGCCCAGUUCAAGAGGAGGAAGGGGGUGCCCAGUGUGAGGAGGCAGGUGCGGGCGACGUCGGUGCAGGACAUGACCGCCCUGAACGACGGGCUCAGCUGGAGGAAGUACGGGCAGAAGGACAUCCUUGGCGCCAAGUAUCCCAGAGCCUACUUCAGGUGCAGGCACCGGCACACGCAGGACUGCUACGCGACCAAGCAGGUGCAGUGCGUCGACGGCGACCCGCUGCUCUACGACGUCGUGUACCACGGCGCGCACACCUGCGCCCAGGCCGCGCACCCCAGCGCAGAGCAGCUGCAGCCUGGUAACGCCGGUCAGGAGCAGAGCUUGAUGAGUGCGCGGGAAACUGAAGGCCUUCAGGCCGGGUUAGAGUCUAUGACGCCGUUCUCCGGCAACGACAACGGCGCCAUCGGUGGCGGCUUCCUCCCGCUCCUCUCGCCGACAAGCUUGGAGUGCCCGUUCAGAAGCAGCUACGCGGCAGGCGACCUCGGGGUUGACAUGGAGUUGGAGCCUCAGUUCGAGGAGUUUUUCUGGAAUCCUACCGAGUCUUUCCAAUGGUAGAUUAAGCACCUGCCAAGUAGCUGGGCAAGCCCAAUAUAUAGCACGGUAGUUGUACUGAA